AUGAGCUCAGCAGAAGCAAAGAGUGCUGCAGGAGGCGACAGAACGCCCGGCGGUGGCGGCGAUCUGCAAAACGCAGCAGCAGCAGCAGGUGGGGGAGCAGAAGGCCGUGGCGAAGGCCACGGAGGGGGACCCCCAGGAUAUUUGUUUUCGACUGUAGCGUCUAUGUUUCUGAAAGGCAGUGAAGAAGAAGAGGAGGAGGAGGAGGAAGAAGAAGAAGAGGAAGAAGAGGAAGAGGAAGAAGGGUGGAUAUCAUGGUUUUGCUCUCUUGAAGGGCAUGAUUGUUUUGCUGAGGUUGAUGAAGAAUAUAUAAGAGACACUUUUAACCUAUUUGGGCUUAAAUCUGCUGUUAACAACUUUGAGGGAGCAAUGGAUAUGAUUCUAGGAGACGCACCCGAUGAAGAAGAAGUCGCCGAUCAAAAUUUUAUUGAAGUUUAUCGUGAUGCUGUAGAUUUAUACGGGCUCAUUCACGCUCGUUAUAUUAUCUCCCCAAGGGGACUUCCCCAAAUGAGGGACAGGUUUAUAGACGAAGUGUUUGGGCACUGCCCGCGCGUAUUGUGCGAUAGACAAAUUCUUUUGCCAGUCGGGCUGUCUCCUGAUCUCCGUCUUCAUAAACUUCAG